GGAGAAGGGCGGCGGCCUAGGCUAUAUGCACGAACUGCGUACGCUUAUUCGGAUAAGCUGAAGGCAAUAAAUGCCUUCAAGAAGUCCGGCGAACUUGCUAUGGGCGUUAAGGCAGUCUUUGGUGAUGUUACUAACCCUUUAGAAAUGAAAAAGCUGAAGAAACUAAAUAGGGAGCGAGCUCACAUUGAGCGCAUGUGCACGGAUGGUAAUGGCAGCAUGCAGAGGUCGCGUCAGCGCGUCCAAUGUACUGUGUUAUCAGCCGAAGCGGAAGAGCAGAUCGUGUUGUGGAUCAACUCGACUCGUCGAUAA